AACGGACAAGGACCAUGCAGGACAUACUGUCCCUGACGUUAAAGGAUGAAGUGAGGAUGGUUGAAGAUACUGUGGCCCCUAGAAACUCUUCUUCACAAGGGGGUGGCAGGGACACAGAGGGGCAUCCUUACCCGUUGGUGGUCACUCUACUGGCAACAGUCCUGAUCCUAACUAUUGUGGUAGACAUUCUGGGGAACCUGUUGGUCAUCUUGUCUGUCUUCAGGAACAGGAAGCUCAGGAAAGCAGGAAAUGCCUUUGUGGUGAGUUUGGCUCUGGCAGACCUGGUGGUGGCGAUCUACCCUUACCCUCUGGUUCUGACAGCCAUCUUUCACAACGGCUGGAUCGCCGGGUACAUCCACUGCCAGAUCAGCGGCUUCCUGAUGGGCCUGAGCGUCAUCGGCUCCAUCUUCAACAUCACCGGCAUCGCCAUCAACCGCUACUGCUACAUAUGUCACAACCUGAAGUACGACAAGCUCUUCUCCAACCAGAACACCGUGUGUUACGUCAUCCUGGUGUGGGCGCUGACUGUGUUGGCCAUCGUGCCCAACUGGUUUAUGGAGUCUCUGCAGUACGACCCGAGGGUCUACUCGUGUACCUUCGCCCAGUCGGUGAGUUCCUUGUACACCAUCACCGUGGUCGUGGUUCACUUCAUCCUCCCCAUCAGUAUCGUCACGUACUGCUACCUGAGGAUCUGGAUCCUGGUCUUACAGGUGAGGAGACGGGUGAAACCGGACACGAGGCCCAAGAUCAAACCACACGACUUCCGUAUCUUCCUGACUAUGUUUGUGGUGUUUGUGUUGUUCGCUGUCUGCUGGGCUCCUCUGAACUUCAUUGGGCUGGCGGUGGCUAUCAACCCCAGACUGGGAGUGAAUAUCCCUGAGUGGCUCUUCACAGCCAGCUACUUCAUGGCCUAUUUCAACAGCUGCCUCAACGCAGUCAUCUACGGAGUGCUCAACCAUAACUUCAGGAAGGAGUACAAAAGGAUAGUUCUAAUCAUUUUCAAGUUCCACUGCAGAGGGUUCGCUAGGGCUUCGGAACUGCACUGCUGAGGGUUCCGUAGGGUUCUGGAACAGCACGGCUGAGGGUUCCGUAGGGUUCUGGAACAGCACUGUUGAGGGUUCUGUAGGGUUCCGGAACAGCACUGCUGAGGGUUCUGGAGGGUUCCAUAGGAUUCUGGAACAGCACGGUUGAGAGUUCCAUUGGGUUCUGUGACAGGAAAGACUGAGACUAAAACACUGUGCCAGGAUGGGGGAUGAGUCAAAUGAUGAUGUCUUGGUCAAAGUCAGAGCUGUUGGCAAUGUCACAAUCAUCUGUCAGCAAGCUUUGAGUUACAAAUUCUGAAACUUUGGGUUUGAUCUCACACCUUUUCCAUGGGUUGUCCAUCUUGCAUUUUCCCUGGAAGCGUUUUAGUAUGGAUCUGAGUGUAAUGAAAAGUUGAAUGCCAAUCUGUUGAAGUACAUUGUUUGGUCAUGAUGUAAAAUCAACAUCGUUACACAUGUUACCAUUUCUUUUACUGCACAACUCAAUUCAAAUACAUAUUCAUAAGCAAUUGACUGCACUUCCAUUAAAUACCCAAUCCUACCUAUCCCUUUAAACAAUGUCCAAUUCAAACUCCACACAUUUGCUUAAUCGAAACAAAGAAUGAGGAACGGAAAACAAUAAUUAAUUCAUUUAAAAAAAUGUAUACCGGUAGAUACAGUUGAAGUCGGAAGUUUAUAUACACUUAGGUUGAAGUCAUUCAAACUCGUUUUUCAACCACUCCACAAAUUUCUUGUUAACAAACUAUAGUUUUGGCAAGUCGGUUAGGACAUCUACUUUGUGCAUGACACAAGUAAUUUGUCCAACAAUUGUUUACACACAGAUUAUUUCACUUAUAUUUCACUGUAUCAUAAUUCCAGUGGGUCAGAAGUUUACAUACACUAAUUUGACUGUGCCUUUAAACAGCUUGGAAAAUUUCAGAAAAUUAUGUCAUGGCUUUAGGAGCUUCUGAUAGGCUAAUUGACAUCAUUUGAGUCAAUUGGAGGUGUACCUGUGGAUGUAUUUCAAGGCCUACCUUCAAACUCAGUGCUUCUUUGCUUGACAUCAUGGGAAAAUCAAAAGAAAUAAGCCUAUACCUCAGGAAAUAAAUUGUUAUCCUCCACAAGUCUGGUUCAUCUUUGGGAGCAAUUUCCAAACACCUGAAGGUACCACGUUCAUCUGUACAAACAAUAGUUCACAAGUAUAAACACACUGGGACCACGCAGCCAUCAUACCACUCAGGAAGGAGACGCAUUCUGUCUCCUAGAGAUGAAUGUACUUUGGCGUGAAAAGUGCAAAUCAAUCCCAGAACAACAGCAAAGGAUCAUGUAAAGAUACUGGAGGAAACAGGUACAAAAGUAUCUAUAUCCACAGUAAAACAAGUCUUAUAUGGACUUAGCCUGAAAGGCCGCUCAGCAAGGAAGAAGCCACUGCUCCAAAACCGCCAUAAAAAAGCCAGACUACGGUUUGCAACUGCACAUGGGGACAAAGAUCAUAGUUUUUGGAGAAAUGUCCUCCGGUCUGAUGAAACAAAAACAUAACUUUUUUGCCAUAAUGAACAUCGUUAUGCUUGGAGGAAAAAGGGUGAUGCUUGCAAGCCGAAGAAUACCAUCCCAACCGUGAAGUACGGGGGUGGCAGCAUCAUGUUGUGGGGGUACUUUGCUGCAGGAGGGACUGGUGCACUUCACAAAAUAGAUGGCGUCAUGAGGAAGGAAAAUUAUGUGGAUAUAUUGAAGCAACAUCUCAAGACCUCAGUCAGGAAGUUAAAGCUUGGUCGCAAAUGGCCCCAAGCAUAUUUAUAUUUAUUGCCUUAACUCCCUUAUCUUACCUCAUUUGCACUCAAACUUUUUUUUGUUUUCUUUUGUUCUAUUGUAUUAUUGACUGUAUGUUUGGUUUAUUCCAUGUGUAACUCUGCGUUGAUGUAUGUGUCGAAUUGCUAUGCUUUAUCUUGGCCAGGUCGCAGUUGCAAAUGAGAACAUGUUCUCAACUAGCCUACCUGGUUAAAUAAAGGUGAAAUAUAUAUUUUUUUAAAUACAUCCCAAGUUCUAGCUAAAUGGCUUAAGGACAACAAAGUCAAUGUAUUGGAGUGGCCAUCACAAAGCCCUGACCUCAAUCCCAUAGAAUAUUUGAGGGCAGAACUGAAAAAGCAUGUGUGAGCAAGGAGGCCUUACAAACCUGACUCAGUUACAUCACUUCUGUCAGGAGCAAUGGGCCAGAUUUCACCCAACUUAUUGUGGGAAGCUUGUGGAAGGCUACCCGGAACAUUUGAUCCAAGUUAAACAAUGUAAAGGCAAUACUACCAAAUACUAAUUGAGUGUAUGUACACUUCUGACCCACUGGGAAUGUGAUGAAAGAAAUUAAAGCUGAAAUAAAUAAUUUUCUGUACUAUUAUUCUGACAUUUCACAUUCUUAAAAUAAAGUGGUGAUCCUAACUGACCUAAAACAUGGACUUUUUUACUAGGAUUAAAUGUCAAUAAUUGUGAAAACUGAGUUUAAAUGUAUUUGGCUAAGGUGUAUGUAAACUUCCAACUUCAACUGUAUUUGAUGCGUCACAAUACUUCAUUAUAAGGUCCAAUGAGACUGGUAACGUGGGAUGGGAAUAUCGAUUGGCCAAUUAGCUGCAACUACCCAAUCCUAGGUCCAACACAAAUGUGUUUUACUUGUUUAAUUCAAAUGAUAAAAUAUAAGGACACAAUUAAGGAAAUGUUUAGUUUUUUCAUAGUUAUUAAAAAUAGCCAAUGAAGAAAUGUGUAAGGAUCGAUGCUGGAGACGAGAAGCAGGUACAGGGAGUGGACAUUUAAUGAAACAACGGACAUGAAACAGAACAGGAUCAGCGUCUGGACAGGAGUAGAAAUAACGACAUCAAUGCCGACACAGGGAACACAUUUAGGAGCAGACAGAAAUAGAGGGGGUAAUCAACAAAGUAAUGGAGUC